AUGGCAUCCGGUAAUCCACCAUUUAUCAUAAGGGAUCAUCUUUACUCCGUAGAUGACAAGUUGAAGAGAGGGAGACCUCCUCCUUUGCUUAAGGGUACCGACGAGGAUGUAAUUAUUGAUGAAGAACCAGCGCCAGAAGCUACUUCAGUGAUUGACCCUGCGUCCGUAUCAAGGUGCUGCAUAGAAAGGGGUCUGUUUCCGGCAGUUCCUUUGUUCUUUCAAUAUCCCUGCAGCACCAGCAAGGGUUGGUCGGAGUGGGUUGAUGCUGAACUGAAGAACCCAUCUACCCGUGAUAUCCUAAGCCGGGCAGGCGUGUUGGAAGCCAUCUUUGCUUCUAAGGCUUGCGACAUCCAUAUUGAAGUCAAGACGCUUCGACACUUGGUUAGACGGUGGAGCACUGAGACGCACACUUUUAUUUGUUCGUGGGGAGAGUUCACUCCCACGCUUGAGGAUGUAGCUAAUAUCUUCCAUCUCCCACUUUGCGGCAGCCAAGAUCCUUUCCACAUUGCAUUAACCGCGGAAGAUGGGCCAAAGCUUGAGAUUUUGCGGAAGGGUGCCCCGACCUCUCCUAGUACCUCUCUAAGAUUCAGUAAUUGGAUUCAGUUUUUUGGGAACAGUGAUCGAGACGAGCCGUGUCGCCUUGCUGCGUUUGUGUCCUUGUGGCUCGGGAGGUUCCUCUUUUGUGAUUUUUCUCAGGACUGCUUGCAUGGGAGAGUGUUUCCGUUGGCUUUGGCAAUAGCACGGGGUAGCAUGAUCCCUUUAGCCCCCAUGUUCUUGGGGCACUUAUAUCGCUUACUUGACCAGAUUCAAUUUCUUGAGAAGGGGGCGGCCGGAACCAUGGCUGUGGAGACUUUUGUAAACUCCAGUUUUCUGCAGAUCUUUUUAUGGGAACGCUUCAAAGGGAUAGAGGUAUCUCCACUCCCUUAUUCAAAGGCUGAGUCACUGGUUGCUUCGGACGAGGAUUCCUACGUGCCGGGUAGUCUUCCUCUGAUCUGUAGAUGGUUCCGUCGCAUGCAACGGAAGGGCCAAAAUUUUUUAGAGCUGCUGGACGAUGUUGAGCAAUUUAUUUUUCGCCCCUAUUGUGCCUCAUCAGAGGGCUUUAGAAGUAUGCCCCUCUAUGCUGAUUCUGCUGCUUUAAUGGAGGCCCUGGCCAUGCCAACACAAGGUUGUCGGUUACGCAGAGAGGCAUUGUUGAGUGCCGCAUGCCUCCCUCUGCCCACAUUCGGUGAUGACCACUUGGAGAUUUCUGUGCAUUAUUCCCCUUACCGGGUUAGACGACAGCUUGGGUUUGACCAAGGUGUGCCCUCUCGUCCCAACCAUGGAGAUUCCUUGAGCUUGCACAGGGUUUUCUGGACUGGUGACAGCGUGCCGGGAGACGGCAGGCCUCUUGCCCUUGCUCUGGCCAGCCGGAAGCGCGUUGGUGGUCUCUCAAAGGCCUACCAAAAUUAUUGGAACCGCUGCUUUGCCUCGCUCAGCCGAUUCCAUGCUGCCCACUGUGAUAGAUUGAUUCCCACCAUCAUUCAUCAUGCCCGUUUAGUGUCGGAAGAGAAAGCGAUUUCCUUGAGCGAGAAGCGAAAUCUGCCUUUUAUCUCCAAAAGCGGAGAGAUUGUUGGUGACUUUUCGAAGCUAAAGCGGAAGUUGGAAAAGUCGGGUUCUCAUAGCGCCGGGAAAAGUGUUGCACAUGGGAAACGGAAGCGCGAGGAAAGCUGCAGUGCCGAGAAAAGGCAAGCUGUAAAAGAACCGAAAAGGUUCAUCCCCAAGGUAGCGGCAGGUGGUCCUCCCAGCUCAAGAAAGGUUGCCUUGCCCGAGUCCUUACAGCAGCAGCCUACAGCUUCCGGCAGCAGCGAGCGAGCAGUUCUAAAAGCUUCAUCUCCUCACAGUACUUCCCAAAGUAAAGGCAAGGGUAAGGGGUUUUCCGUGACCCCGAAACGUCGAAGCAUGCGUAUUCUUGAAACGCGGUUUGCUAAUACCCGAAAGAAUAAGGGUGAAGACUCGGGACCCAAAGUAGUGGUGACGGUUGAUGAUAACAGUGAUGAUGAUAGUGAUGACGAUGGCACUGCGGGAACUGAGGCUAACAUUCAUGAGCAAGAGAGCGCUCGCGAUACGAGUGGCAUGGAUGAGGACUUUGAUGAAGGCCAAUACGAUAGUCACGACGAAGACACCUAUCCGGCUUUCGGCACUAGCUUGGGGGAGUUCGAUGACUCAGAUACGACUCCUGCUUUGACUGGCGAUCAUGGACAGCGUGUCGAUAUUGAACUGGUCGUGCCCGCCAUUGAAGGCACGAUAGGUGCUUCAUCGGAGGCUGAUUUUGCCCUUCCCACUACUGUCGCUGAAGUUGUCCUGAGCCUUCCGGCAGUGCAACCUCCUCCUUCUCCUAACCCAUCAGCACAUCCCCUUACUCUCCCAAUCUCGAGCACACCUGACAUAGCUUCCGGCACCGCUCCACCUCUUCCAGCAGCACAUCUCUGUGAUAAGAAUGUUGAUGCUUUUAUCGCAGGUUCCUCAAAAGGGCCUUCAUUCGAGAAAGGCAUGUCUUGGCAAGAUUGGGAGAAUUCCUACACGGCAUUCAAAGCCUUCUUUGAUGGUGGUGUCACCAUUCUUAGAUCCAUUGAUGAACUUCUUCCGCUUUGCCACAGAUUCGAUGGUUAUGCAACAUUCCAAGGUGCCCUUGUGUAUCCAGAGACGGUUGGAGCCUUGAAAAAGUUCAUGGACAAAUACGGGAGUUUGCUGGAAGCUACAGAUGUCACCUCUUCUUUCUCAAGGUGUACUGCCCUUCGAGCGCUUGGCUUAGUACUUCAUGGGAUGGACACCAUGCAACUCCUUGAUAUUACAGAUCAUAAACUGCUCUGUUGGCGAGAUGCAAUAUGCGAGGCCAUGAUUCUGGGCUUUCCUGUGGAAUUUCUUCUUAAACUCGUGAAGAGCUUAGCACGUGCCGUCUUUGGAGCACGGGCCAUUCAUAGUAUGCAAUUAUCGCAUGAUUCUGAUGAAGUAAAAGCUGCUGCAGAUGCCUUGAAUAUUAAACAACAGGAGUUGGAAAACCAGCGCCGGGAGAUGCAUGCCCUUCUUCUUGCUAAGGGUGUUUCUGUUGACAGCGCUGAGUGCGUGACGGAGGCAGCAGCCAGAUUAUCUCCUGGGGCUUCCUUUGUUCUUUUCGGACAUUCCCCAUAG